AUGUUUAGAGAUAGGACAAAUUUAUUUUUAUCAUACCGUCGAACAAUUCCUAGAGAAUCAUCUAAUAACAAUAAUAAUCUACCGAUAAAACGAACAAGAUUUCAAGAUUUCCCGGAAGAAGAAGAAAAUGAAGGAUUAAUUAUAUCAUCACGUAAACAAGGUGGAGAAAGAAAUCAAACACAAAAUAUUCCAUUAAAACCAAUAAUUCCAAGUAUAUUUGAUAUUGCUAAAGAUUUAGAUGUAUUAUUGAAAGUAAUUGAAAAAAAUGUGGAGGAUUUAAAUUCAAUGUAUAAAAAAUUAAUUAUUGGUGAUAAAUUUAGUAAAAAAAAAAUUGAACAAGAUAUUGAAGAAUUAAAUUAUCAAAUUUUACGUAAAUUUGAACAAUGUUAUGUAUUAGUUAAAAAAUUUGAUUAUUUAUCUAAAAAUUAUCAUAAAUUAGAAUUGAAUUAUACAAAUUCUGAUUUAGAAAUUUUAAUUAAUUAUAAAAAAAAUUAUGCCAAUAAAAUUCAAGAAAGUUCUUUAAAAUUUAGAAAUUUACAAAAUAAUUAUAUGAAAUUUUUAAAAGAUGAUGAUGAUGAAUUUAAUGAAGAUGAUUUAUUAUUGUCUGAUCUUCCACCUGAUGAAAAACCAGAACUUGAUUCUAAUACUAAUACUUACCAACAACAACAACAACAACAGCAACAGCAACAACAACAAGUAGUUAAUGGAGAUUCACAAUAUUUACGUCAAAGAGAACGAGAUAUAUCUAAGCUUGCUCAUGGUAUAUUAGAAAUUCUGACUAUUUUCAAAGAAAUGGAAUCAAUGGUUAUUGAACAAGGUACAAUGUUGGAUAGAAUUGAUUAUAAUCUUACAACUACUGUACAAGAAUUGAAAUCUGCAGAUAAAGAAUUGAUUAAAGCUCAUCAUUAUCAAAAAAGAACAACAAAAUGUAAAAUAAUCUUCUUUUUAAGUCUUUGUGUUUUUGCCUUGUUGAUGAUUGUAAUGCUUCGACCUGGUGGUUCAACUAAAAAAAUUGUUGUUGAAAAACCAGUUCCUGCUCCUGCUACUGAUCCUGAUCGUCCAACAAUUGAUAAACCUGAGAAUGAUAUCACUGAUCCAAAUGAUGUAAGUGAUCCAAACGAUGAUUUAUUAAAUUCACGAAAUAAUAUAUAA